AAAAAAAAAUAUAAUCAUGUGUCUUUUAUAAUAUAAAGAGCAAUAAAACUAUUAUUAAAAUUAUUAUUUAAGAUAGUGUUUAAACUUUAAACUAUGUAUAUUGUAAUUUCUCAAGGCGUCGUGUACUCGUGUUGUCACUCGCGUGAUGUAUUUAGUUGGGUUUUCCAAUGUUCUAUCGAUUGGUAACGUCUAUAUAUUAUGCCAAUGCCUAAUUUUGUAGUCAACAAAAAUAUUAUGAGUUAUAAAUUAGAAUUGAACGAAUAAAAACGAUAUUAUUAAAUUAAAACUAUUGUGAUUCAUUUCUCAUUUGAAGCUUAUUGCAGUCACACGCUCAUGCAUUUUUUUUAAUCAAUUCUUUACAUUAUCUUUUAAGAUAUUAAUUUGUUUAUUGUUUUUAUAUAUUUUUAUUUAACAACAUUGUGUUAGAAUGGUAAGUUUAAAAUUAUUUUAUCGUUAUUUUUAUUGUGUCUGGGGACAACAUUUCUACCAGUAAUAGUGCUUCGAUUUUUGGACUCAGCACCGUUCCUGAUAGAAAAGUAAAUCUAGUUGGUACUUUGGGGGGUCAAAAAAUGUUCAAUAGUUUUCAAAAGCGCCGGGAAAAACCCUAAGGGCCGGUUUCACCACCUAGAGUUAGAGUACGAGUUAGCAAUGACUCGGAGUUAGCGCAAAAGAGUAAUUUCACGAGCCGGAGUUCAGCGGUAACUUCAAGUUAAUGAAAAUCUUUACUCUCAGAUUUUAACCCCCGGUUAUUCUGGGUAAUAACGUCUUAACUCCUAGUUACGACCACGGUAUCAGCCGCGUUGGCGUGGGAGGGAUUGUUUAUAUGAUAAUAAUAAUGUAAUCAUGUAGAUAACACAUCGAAGUUUAUAUUUUGACGCGAUUUUUUACUUCAACGUUUUCAUAGUUCCUACCUUGGUUUCUAAUAGUGCAUUUUUAAAACAAGAGUUUAAAAUAACUAAAAUAUAAUGUAUCGUCGAAUACUAUACGAUGACAGUGACGAUGAUGAAGAUAUUAUUGCUAUGCAACGUCGACCUCGGGUAUUUUAUGAAAGAGUCAACUACUGUGAAUUGUAUGAUGAUCAUGAUUUCAUAAAUCGAUUUCGUAUUUCAAAAGCUACGUUUAGUACUGUCUUGAGAUUGAUAGAAAAUGAAAUAUCACCUCCUUCUCAAAGAAACAGAGCAAUAUUAGCACCUUGUAAGCUGUACAUGAUGCUGAGGUAUUUUGCUACAGGUUCUUUUUUGUUAGCGAUUUCUGACUUUGUUGGGGUUAGUGAAUCCUCAGCAUGUCGUUACAUUCACCAAACAUGUAGAGCCAUAGCAAAGCAAAAACAAAAAUUCAUGUCGUUUCCAAUGAACGAUGUUGAUACAAAAAGAGUAGUCACUGGAUUUUAUAGCCGAAGUAGAUUUCCCAGAGUAAUAGGAGCUAUAGACUGUACCCAUAUAAAAAUUCAGUCACCAGGUGGAGAUAAUGGGGAAAUCUUCAGAAAUAGGAAAGGUUUUUUUUCCAUCAAUGUCCAAUGCAUUUGCAAUCCAUGGCUCAAAAUCACAAACAUAGUUGCUCGAUGGCCAGGGUCAUGCCACGAUCAAACCAUUUUCGACAAUUCUUUAAUAAAACAUAAAUUCGAAACAGGACUCAUAAAAGGAUAUCUCUUAGGUGACGGUGGGUAUGAAGUAAAUCCCUACCUUAUGACUCCUCUGCUGUCCCCUAGGACACAAAGUGAGCAGUUGUACAACGAAAGUCACAUCAGGACUAGAAAUGUUAUUGAAAGAUGUUUUGGAGUUCUAAAACGAAGAUUCCCAGUGCUCAGCAAAGGAAUUACAGUUAAUUUGAGUAACAUCCAAGCAAUAAUAGUGGCAUGUGCUGUUAUGCAUAAUAUCUGUAUUGAUAUGCAUGAUGAUAUUCCAAAUGAUUUGUGUGAAGACAACUAUGAUGGAAAUGUCAGAGAAGAAAACUUUUUCGAUUUGCCAGGAAACACAAGAGGUAGGCAAGAAAGAGAUCGGGUGAUCAGGGACCACUUUGCCAAUUUACAGUGAGAUUGAACAUUUAUAUGGCAAGUUUACAUUAACAUACCAAAGUCAGUACAGCUUCUUUCUGCCUCAGAAGUUUCAUAGUUAAUGGGGACAUCUAUAUCUAUGUUUUCUUUCCUGAAUGGUUCUGGAAAAACAAAAGCAUAAUAUUUAUGACAACAUUAAUAGUUAACUUGUUAUUUAAAUUAAAAUUGUAAUUAAAAAUAAGACUUUGAU